UUGUUCCAGCGAAGUCGAACGACCAUGGCGUUCAGAACAUGCCAAGGAGGCGGACGACUCAUCCAGCAACGAUGGGCCGGAUCGCAAGAGGUCACAAUUGAAGUGCUCGCCAACGGUGCCAUACAGAUGAGUUGGAGAGUUCGAGGCAAACAAGAAACGGUUCAUAUCGGAUUGGAUGUCCUGGAUAAUAGAUGGCACGAAGUCGACCUCCAUCGUCGACUAGGGACACUGACGCUUCGUGUAGACAAUUCGUCCUUAUUGUUGGCUACAACGAACUCUUUGAGGCCGUAUCUGAUCCAAGAAGCCCUACAGCGUAAUCCUUCGAAAGCCGUCGAUCUUACCACGGUGGUCGGCGAUGAAUUCACGGGGUGCAUACUGGAAGGCGCCGGAGUGGAGCUAGGGCAGGUGGUCAAGGUCGCCGGCGACGUCAAGCUGGGCAACAAGUGCUCGAGUCAGUUCAUCGAAAGCGACACUUGCCUUGGCUACGGCAUCGAUCCGUGCUUCUCCUUCAUCUGCGAGAACGGAGGAACUUGUAGAGCUGCUGGCGACACCGCUGAGUGCCUCUGCCCGCGAAGGUACGCCGGACCUCGCUGCGAAAUUGUGCAGGGACCGCUCUGCAAGGCCGAAAGCUGUCUGAACCAGGGAACGUGCCAUGAGAGUCCGGAUGGAUCCUCAACCUACUGCGAGUGCAAGGCUGGUUUCUUCGGUGAAAGGUGUGAAAAACCAGCGGCGCCAUCUCUACAUUGUGCCAGCGCGCCGUGUGCCAACGGAGGUCGGUGUCACGCUUCCGAAGACGGCGAAAGUUACGAAUGUACCUGCCAUCACGGAUUCACCGGCAAAAACUGCGAGACCAAAGUCAAUAGCUGCGGCAGCAAUCCUUGCAGGAAUAACGCCACCUGCGUCGAAGCUCCCCUCGGUUACACUUGCCAAUGCCGUGAAGGAUAUCGGGGCAUCAACUGUGAAAUCAAUAGGAACGAAUGCACAGAAGACUAUUCACCCUGCAACAAUCGAGGUCGAUGCUACGACCGCUAUGGCGGAUUCCUGUGUGUGUGUCAGGAUCAGUUCGAAGGAGAACGUUGUGAACGAGCUCUCGACCAUUGCUCCAGCAAUCCUUGUCAGAACGGAGGGAUUUGCAAGGGGGUUAUAUCAGGAUUCCAAUGCGAGUGUCCCCAAGGAUUCCAGGGGGACAACUGUGAGAUCUCCAACAAUGAUUGCUCCCGUAAACCCUCGGGCAAACAGUGCUCCGAUCCCCAUGCAGCUUGCGAUGCCAGGAGCGGACGCUGUGAAUGUAAGCCGGGAUACGUGGCCACUCCGGAGAGCCAAUGUUUACCGGCGAGAUCGUGUUCCGACGAGCCAUGUUUGAACGGAGGACAUUGUUCCGGCAACGGUUUUGCCUAUCAGUGCUCUUGUGCAGAGAAUUUCGCCGGACGUCAUUGUGAAUAUCAGAAACAGGUCAGCCGGGAUCGUUGCGAUGACUCGACGUGCGCCAACGGAGGAAGCUGCGUCCAGGGAACGUCCGAGUGCGCCUGCGUCCCCGGAUUCGAAGGUCCCAAGUGCGAAACCAACGUCGACAAUUGUGCAAAGAACAUAUGUGAGAACCACGGAAGAUGCAUCGAUCUAGUCGAUGACUUCAUCUGUAGCUGCGCCCCCGGUUUCAUGGGAAAAACGUGCAAAGUUUCCAUGGUUCCGGUGAUUUUCCAUCGGGGCGAUCCCUGCGCGCUUCAUAAUUGUGGACCAAACGGAAGGUGCGUUGAAGUCGAAGGCGAAGCGAACUGCGAGUGCAAUCCUGGCUUCUUCGGUGAACACUGUGAUCUUGGGAAGGAGUCGUUGAUCUCAUGCAACUGUAAAAACAGCGGAAGUUGUAACAAUCAGGGAGAGUGUAUCUGUCCGGAGGGUUAUCACGGAGCCCUUUGCGAGCAUCAAUCAGACGCCUGCGAUGAAGCUCCGUGCUUUAACGGUGCGAACUGCACCGCUAAAGGAUUGAAAGACUUCGUCUGUUCUUGUCCUCAGGGAUACACGGGCAAGAUGUGCGAAAUCAAUAUUGACGACUGCGCCAAUGUCACUUGUCCUGGUAAUCAAAAAUGUUACGACCGCUUGAACGGCUACGAGUGUCGAUGCCCAGAGGGCUUCCGAGGUGAAGCCUGCGACCAAGAAAUAAACGGCUGUGAACCGAACGCAUGUCACGAGGGCGCCACAUGUGAGAACCGUCUGGGAAGACCAAUAUGCCAUUGUCCGCAAGGAAGAGCGGGUGAAAAUUGCACAGAAGUUGUGUCAAAAUGCUCCCCCGGACUGUGUUCUAACGGGGCCGUAUGUCAGAACACGGAGGAGUCCUAUCAGUGCUUCUGCCGACCGGGUUUUACGGGAGAGCACUGCGAAAUCGAUUUCAAUGAGUGCUUGAGUGCACCAUGUCAGAACGGCGCUUCUUGCAAAGACAUGAUCAACAGGUUCGCCUGCCAAUGUGCACCGGGAUUCACGGGACGUCUCUGCGAAACGGAUAUAAACGAAUGUGCUUCGGAUCCAUGUAAAAACGGAGCCACCUGCAACGAUCGGAUCGCUCAAUACACAUGCUCGUGCUUACCUGGCUACACCGGCACAGAUUGCGAGACCGAUAUCGACGAAUGUGCGGCGUCGCCCUGCGCGAACGGACAGUGUAUGGACUUGGUCAAUGAUUAUCGCUGCAACUGUACCGACACAGGAUUCAAAGGCCUCCGGUGCGAGAUCAACAUCGACGAUUGUGCGGAGCUGCCGUGCCAGAACGGCGCCACCUGCGAGGAUCUCGUCAAGGAGUUCCGAUGUCUGUGCAAUCCUGGCUUCGUGGGAAAAACUUGCGAAACCGAUAUUCCGGAAUGCGAGUCGAGUCCGUGCUUGAACGGAGCCACUUGUCUGGAGCGUUCGAAUCGGUCGCUUUACGCACACAACUAUCUGAACUUGUUCCCGUCGUACAACGAGAGUGAUGCCGCGGGCUACGUCUGCGUCUGUCCAGCUGGCUUCACCGGAGUCAAUUGCGAAGUCAAUAUCGAUGACUGCGUCAACCAUCAGUGUCGGAACGGGACUUGCGUCGACGAAAUAAAUUCGUACAGAUGCGAGUGCCAACAAGGAUUCGAAGGCGAAUUCUGCGAGCUCGAAAUCAAUGAGUGUGAGAGAUACUCGCCUUGUGCCCAUGGAGAUUGCGUCGACCUCAUCGGAGAUUACAGCUGCAACUGCCGACCCGGAUUCGGAGACAAAAAUUGUUCGACUGCUCUCAUCGGAUGCGAACGUCACGAAUGCUCUUCUCACUCCAAAUGUGAACCCUUCUUGGACGGGGACGGUCAGCAUCAAUAUCGGUGCCUCUGCGACUCAGGUUUCGUCGGCCGGCAUUGUGAAACCGGGACGACGGUGUCUUUCCAGAAAUGGAACUCUGCAUGGGAGUUGCAGUACACGAGGCGUGAAGACUUCUCGAUGUCGUUGUACUUCAGGACAUCUCUCAGGAACGUCCGAGUCGCUGGAAUCAACACCUUCCUCGGAUCCGAUACUUUUGUGAGCCUCCAACGAGGUGUCUUGGUCGUCACUCAGAACUACAAGGACGUUCUGCGCCUCGGAGAAGGCCUGAACGAUGCUGAAUGGCACAACUUCACUCUCGCAGUCUCAGCACAGGGCCGAAUCGAGAUCUUCAUUGGAACCCUGCAUGGAGAGGUCGAAGGAUCUCUGAUAGGCGCCAACGUGACCAAUGUCGUCCUGGGCUUCUCUGACGUGGCGACCCCGGGACAAGUCGACGGCUUCUUAGGCUGCAUGCAAGAGAUUCGGGUGAACGAUGAGCUCAUGAUACCGUCGCGGCAGCGAGAGCAUUUACACGAGACGUCGGACGUUUGUAUCCGCACACCCCAGUGUACUCAGAAUCCAUGCCAGAAUGAAGGGGAGUGCCACGAUGAGUGGUUCAGCCGCUCUUGUCUCUGUCAGAGACCUUUCUAUGGACAGCUCUGCGAGAAAUUCUAUCCGUCGGCCACGUUCGGCUACAUGAAAAGCUUGUCAUGGGUCAAGGUCCUCAUCGAGCCAGAGCAAGCGGAGAGCAUAUCGCGAACUACAGAUAUCUCGCUGUUCGCUCUGACGAGGAGCCCAUCCGGACUCCUUUUCUACAUGGGAACAGAUCCUGCUCAACAGCCCCAAGACAGCUACCUGGCUGCGGUCCUGGACCAGGGUCAUCUGAAGGUCAUAUUGAAGUUGGACGCGGUCGUUUAUCAGCUGGCAGUUGACGGUCCACGACUCGACGAUGGUAACCUACACUUCGUUCAAGUAGAAAGGAGUCAGAGCUCGCUCAAGGUCACCGUGGAUAAGACCAACCGGAGUCUACCCCUCAACGGUGGGGUACUCAAAGUCAGCGAGCUUCACCUCGGAUGGAUGAACACCCACACGAGAGAAACGCAGAAGACUCCAGCGAUCCCGGCGACCUCGGCACAAACGAAGCCGGUGACCCUAUUGAACCAAGAGACAAGUCCAGUGAUCGCCACAUCACCGGCCCCGAUACCGAUCAAGCUUCCGACCGAAUCGGUGCUAUCGACAGUCACGGUUAUUCCGAGGAUCGUUGCUCCGGCCCCGGCGAAGCCCUUGGUCGCGAUUCGGAAGAAACGACAAGUCGAGGGUGUGACUGAUCCGAGCGGCAAUACCCCGAAUUUCAAAGGAAUCCUACAAGACGUUCGCGUCGGCAACCAGCACGUUCCGUUCACUCUCCAGAACGUCGAAGGCUUUCGCUUCGGCAAAGCCCUUGAGCGUCAAAACAUAAUCGAGGGCAAAAUGGGGGACCCAGUCUGUGAUUCCAGCCCGUGCCAUAAUGGCGCCACUUGUGUCGACACGUUCAAUGCUUUCGAAUGUGUCUGCACUCCCGACUUCAGGGGCGCCCUAUGUGAAGAGCUCAAGCCAUGCAGGAAAUUCACUUGUCCUGGAACCUCGAAGUGCCAAGACCUCGAUGACGGCUACGAGUGUAUUGAAAACGCGUCUUUCGAAGGAAAGACGACUCUCGAAUAUCGAGCAGUCAUCGACGAAACUCUGCGGAAGGACAUAAAAUCUAUCGACCUUAGGGUCAUUCUGGAAUCCGCUGCUGAUUUGCUGCAGUUGUCGUCGGCGGGUCAAGUUCUUCGUGUCGGCGUGGGAGCCGACGGGAAAAUUCUCCUCAAUGCCAACGGUCAAAAGAUAAGUGUUGGGGAAGUGGUCGUCACCGACGGAACCUGGCAUGACGUGCGAAUCGACUCUCAGGAUGCCAACCUGCUCAAAAUUUCUAUCGACGGCAACGACACGAUGGUGCGAUUGAAUUCGACCCUGAACGUCGGUUCCAGUUUGGACGAGAUUCGUCUCGGAGAGCGUCUGAAAGGAGCCCUCGGAGCCGUCCGAAUCGGAAAUAUUCUUCUUCCGUUCUUCGAGGAUUCGCAGUUGGCCAAUAGCACUACGAAGAACAAAUUCGUAAUGAUUGGAUCCGGUCGACCGACGCUCGGACUUGUCCUAUGCUGGGAAGGCGACUGCGACAACGGUGGCAAGUGCUCAGACCCGUCGAGCUCCUUCCGCUGCGAGUGCAAGGUGGGAUGGCAGGGCCUCAACUGUCAGGAAAACAUCGACGAGUGCAGUGCUUUGAGCGAGCCCUGUCUGAACCAAGGAUCCUGCCGGGACACCGUCGGGUCCUAUCAGUGCGUAUGCUCCGAAGGUUUCGAGGGUGCGCGCUGCGAGCAACGCAUUCUGUAUUGUCGGUCAGGACCGUGCCUUAACGGGGGAACGUGUGAAGAUACGACUCCGGGAAACUUCACCUGUCAUUGUCCUCCCGAGUGGGACGGGGCGAGCUGUCAGGAUCGCCGAAUAAUCGACUGUUUCUCAUCUCCCUGUUUGAACAAGGCGACCUGUUCGAAUAAAACACCCUCCGACAAAACUCCGAUCGCGUACUCUUGUACGUGUCUCCCCGGUUUCGAAGGACGAGAUUGCGAAGUUCCGAAAAACUUCUGCAAAGCUCAACCGUGCCAAAAUGGCGGUCGUUGCCAGUCUAUUAACCGAGAAGCCACAUUCAGAUGCAACUGUCCCAAAGGAUACGGAGGACAUAUCUGCGACCACGAAAUCGAUUACUGCGCCCUGGACGGCUGCGAGAACGGGGGAACCUGUACGAAGCACAUCGGGGGCAGAACAUGCAAUUGCAGCGGAACUGGAUUCAAAGGAGAGCGUUGCGACCAGGACGUGGACGAAUGUCUGUACCAAAAGUGCCUUAACGGAGGGACUUGUAAAAAUCUUCGGGGCUCCUUCGAGUGCGUGUGCCCCCCCGAAUUCUUCGGUCCGAUGUGCUCUUUCAACAACACCUGUUUCGACCAGAAUCCCUGCGAGAACGGAGGCAGCUGCCUGCCCUUCGAAGCGAACGAAUUGAAAUUCGUCUGUAGCUGUCCGGACGGUUUCACUGGUCAACGCUGCGAGGACAGACGUACGGCGCUGUCAUCAUCGGAUAUCCGAUUAAUCGUGGGGCUAUCUGCAGCUUGCAUAGUACUGCUGUGUUUCAUCGUCGCCGUCGGUCUCUUCUUGCGAGUCGCGAAACGAAAACGGGCCACGCGAGGCACGUAUUCUCCCUCACGGCAAGAAAUAUACGGGUCCCGAGUCGAGAUGGCUCACGUAAUCAAACCGCCGCCAGAAGAGAGGCUCAUUUGA